GAAUGCAGAAGCGGUUGUUUCUUUUUUUUUUUUUUUUUUAAACUGAGUUCAGCUACAGGUAAACCUUUACACCGCCACUUCAAAAACAAAACAAAAACAAAAAACGAACACAUUUCUUUUGAAUUACGCGACAGAAGCCUCAUCAAACUACAUUUAUGAGCGCUUCUUAAAUGUCUGUGUGGUCAUUUCAAGCUAAGCUAAGCUAGCGUUAGCAGACACUUGACUUCUGCGGCGACUGAGGAAAGUCAACAAAACCCAGGAGGAAGUCCGUCCUGGGUAGCCAGGUACACAGCAUGUCUUAGGAUCGCCCCCCUCCGCGUCCGAGACGGUAAGUUUUGUUGUUUUCCAGGCGAGUCCCGCCGCUCCGGCUAUGCCGUCAAGCACGGGCUCGAGCAGCCUCGCGGCCGCCGUGCAGCACGCUCUGGAGGGCUCGAGCCGCCUGGUCGACCGGCACGUGCAGGAGGACCGCUGCUUCCCCGACCUGUCCGAGUUGCUCAGCGUGCCCUCGCACAACGUGCCGUCUCUGAGCGGGGUGUCGGACAUGGACUACCCGCUGCAAGGGCCCGGCCUCGUCAGCGUGCCAACCCUUCCGGAGCUGAGCGCCGUGCGCAGGGUCCCUCUGCCCCCAGAGCUGGUGGAGCAGUUCAGCCAUAUGCAGUGCAAUUGCAUGAUGGGAGUUUUUCCUGAGAUCAGCAGAGCAUGGCUUACGAUUGAUAAUGACAUAUUCAUGUGGAAUUAUGAAGAUGGUGGAGAUGUGGCUUAUUUUGAUGGGCUGAGUGAAACCAUCCUUUCAGUCGGGCUAGUAAAACCAAAGGCAGGCAUCUUCCAGCCUCACAUCCACUUCCUGUUGGUGUUGGCCACGCCUGUGGAUGUGGUGAUCCUGGGAUUGAGCUUCCCUAAGUCUCAGACUGGGUUAAACGACAGCAUGUCCGGUGCCAUGCAGCUCCUUCCCGACCCGCUCUACUCCAUCCCCACGGACAACACCUACAUGCUGGCCGUCGCCUCCACGGACCUGGGCCGCAUCUUCCUGGCCGGCAAAGACGGCUGCCUGUACGAGAUCGCCUACCAGGCAGAGGCUGGCUGGUUCAGUCAGCGCUGCCGGAAGAUCAACCACUCCAAGAGCAGCCUGUCCUUCCUUGUCCCGUCUCUGCUUCAGUUCUCCUUCUCUGAAGAUGAUCCAGUUGUUCAGAUCGCAGUGGAUAAUUCACGCAACACCCUGUACACUCGAUCGGAGAAAGGCGUGGUGCAGGUUUAUGACUUGGGAGCUGAUGGACAGGGAAUGAGUCGGGUGGCGGCCAUGUCUCAGAAUGCCAUUGUUUCGGCCGCUGGGAAUAUCGCCAGAACUAUUGAUCGUUCUGUCUUCAAGCCCAUCGUCCAGAUUGCCGUUAUUGAUCGCUCCGAAUCAUCAGACUGCCAGCUCCUGGCUGUCUCUCACGCUGGUGUGCGCCUGUACUUCAGCACUACCCUGUUCACACCACCCCAUGCCAGGCAGAAUGCCACCCGGCCCAGCCUCCUGGCCCUAGUGCACGUCCGCCUCCCCCCGGGCUUCUCUGCCUCCUCCACCCUGCAGAAGCCUGCCAAAAUUCAUAAGGCUCUCUACAGCAAAGGAGUCCUGCUGAUGGCUGCGUCCGAGACGGAGGACAGCGAUAUCCUGUGGUGUAUUAACCACGACUCCUUCCCCUUUAAGAAACCGCUGAUGGAGACCCAGAUGACGUCAAAUAUAGAUGGGCACUCUUGGGCCCUCUCUGCCAUAGAAGAGAUUAAAGUGCCCAAAAUUCUGACUCCAUUAAAUAAGGACUUCAUUCCCCUCACGGAUUCGCCAGUGGUGGUUCAGCAACAUAAUAUUCCCCCUCAGAAAUUUGUUCUCCUGUCAGCCCAGGGAAGUCAUAUUUUCCACAAGCUAAGACCAGUAGACCAACUGCGCCAUCUGCUGGUGAGCAGUGGCGGUGGGGAGAGCGAAGAAAUUGAGCGAUUCUUCAAGCUCCACAAGGAGGAGCAGGCGUGUGCCACGGCGCUGAUCCUCGCCUGCUCCAGCGCCGCCUGUGACAGAGAGAUCUCCGUGUGGGCCACUCGCGCUUUCUUCAGGUAUGGGGGCGAGGCACACAUGCGUUUCCCCUCGGCGCCAAGCAACGUGGGACCCCUCCUCGGUUCCCCUGUCCCAGGAUCCCCUAUGCCUGUUGGUAGUCCUUUUACCAAUCCCAGUUUCCUAGCUACACCAGCUCCAGGCAUGAUGCCCCCCAGCAUGUCCACGCCGUUCAUGCCCCCCAUACCCAUGAGCCCCGGCGGCGGCGCUUCCCUGCCGGCCAUGUCCUCUGGGCCCGAGGUGCUCUUCUCCGGAAAGCACAACGGCAUCAGCAUCUACUUCGCCCGCAUCCUCGGCAACAUCUGGGACGGGAGCCUGGCAGUGGAGAACUUGAUCAGUAAAGGAAGCCAAACUGUAACUAUUCUGGAGAGCACAGCGAGUUCGUCAGACCUGGAGGCAGUGCUAACGGAGCUGCAGGGCCUGAUGGAGUUCCUGGAUAAGAACUCCCAGUUCAGCCCCACCUCCCUGGGCGUGGCCAGCUUCAGCUCCCCCUCACCCGGCAACCUGCAGCAGAGGCUUCUGGGAUUCAUGCGGCCGGACGGCGCCAGCUCUCAGCAAGUCCAGCAGGAGCUCCAGAGGAAAUACCACACUGAGGCUCAGGCCUUUGAGAAGGCGUCCCUGCAGGGCAUCCAGCAGCUGGUGCAUCACUCCUUCCAAACUCUGGCCCUCUGGAAGCUUCUGUGUGACCACCAGUUCACUCUCAUCACCACCGAGCUGCCCAAGGACUUCCAGGAACAGCUCAAGGCCAUCAGCUUCAAGGACGUGGUGGUCAGCGGUCGCGAGCUCACCGGUGCACUCGUCACUGCCCUCAUCAACGUCUACAUCAAAGACAGCGCCUCCGUGGACGCCAUCAGCCGCCACUUGCGUGAAACCUGCCCGCUUCUGUACACCAUCGACGACAGCGUCUGCUCCAAGGCCAAUGAACUGCUCCAGGGUGCCAGGCAGAUCCAGAACAAGGCAGAGAAGGAGCGAAUGCUGAAGGAGUCACUGCGAUUGUACCAGCAGAUCAGUCACCACACGGACUUGCCUCUAGUCUGCUCGCAGUACAGACAAGUACGUUUUUAUGAGGGUGUCGUGGAGCUGUGCCUCACAGCAGCUGAUAAAAAGGAUCCCCAGAGGCUGGGCCCGCACUUCUAUAAGAAUGGGGAGCCUGAGGAGGACGCUGUUGGACAGCAGGCUUUUCAGGAAAGGCUAUCGUGUUACAAAUGCAUCACAGACACCAUGCAGGAGCUGGUGAACCAGAGCAAGGCGGCUCCUCAGUCUCCCAGUGUCCCCAAGCAACCGGGGCCCCCGGUCAUGACAUCUGACCCCAACAUGCUCAGCAAUGAGGAUGCUGCCACCCACUUUGAGCAGAUGCUUGGCCUGGCGCAGAGAUCACAGGAUGAGCUGUUCCACAUCGCGCUCUACAACUGGCUCAUCCAGGCAGACCUCACUGAUAAGCUCCUGGAGGUGAACUCCCCGUACCUCGAGGACCAUCUCAUGCACAUUAUAAAGCAGGACCAGAGCAAAGUGCGCAACAUGGACCUGCUGUGGCGUUACUACGAGAAGACCUGCAGUUUCGGCCGGGCUGCCCACGUCCUGGCUCGGCUGGCCGACAUGCACAGCACGGAGAUCUCUUUGAAGCAGCGGCUGGAGUACAUCUCCCGGGCCAUCCUCUCAGCCAAGAGCUCGUCCUGCAUCUCCUCGAUGGGUGCCGAUGGCGAGUUCCUGCACGAACUGGAAGAAAAGAUGGAGGUAGUGCGUAUUCAAGUGCAGAUCCAGGAGACGCUGAGACGACAAUACUCCCAGCAUCCCUCGGUACAGGGGGCGAUAUCUCAGCUCGACUCCGAGCUAAUGGACAUCACCAAGCUGUAUGGAGAGUUUGCAGACCACUUCCAGUUGUCUGAGUGCAAGCUGGCCAUCAUUCACUGCGCAGGCCACUCGGACCCGAUCCUGGUCCACUCACUGUGGCAGGAGAUCAUGGAGAAAGAGCUGAGCGACAGCGUGGCGAUGAGUCCGGCGGAUCGCAUGCGAGCCGUGAGCCUGAAGCUCGUGUCCCUGGGGAAGCUGUAUGCAGGGACACCACGAUACUUUCCACUGGAGUUCCUGGUGAAGUUUUUGGAGCAGGAGGUGUGCAAGCUGACCUGGGACGUGGGCUUCGUCACCUUCACCAUGCAGGAGAUCGGAGUGCAGCUUCCCCGGCUGCUGGAGGUGUACGACCAGCUCUUCAAGGCCCGGGACCCGUGUUGGCAGCGCCUGAAGAAACCCCUCCACCUGGUGGAGUGCAUCCACGUGCUUCUGUCGGGAUACGUGGACGACCCCAGCCGAGUGCCCACCUACGACAGGAGAAGGUUCACCAACGUGUGCCUGGACAACAUCUGUGGCUAUCUGGUGGAGCUUCAGUCCCUCAGCCCCUGUGCUGCACUGCAGGAAAUCAUUCGCAACUUCAGAUCACUGCAGGCCAAACUGGAGAAGCUGCACUGACACCGUAGAGCCGUGUCUCGCGUCGGAGACCCACCUGACCCCACCUGGGAGUUUGAAGUUGGCACUAAUGACCUGGAGGAAUUCAGCGAAAUGGGUGGGGCCGGUAACGGCUAGGCAAUAAAGGUUACCUCAUUCAUGCCUUUAAUUAUGCAACCUGAAAUAAAUCUGAUUUAUACGUUUACUUUUGUUAGUGCCUAGUGCAUUAAUGUUUUUGUUGAAGCAUACAGAGGUCAGUGUGCCAAGGUGGCUUUCAUAGGUUCUUUGUAUACUUGAGAGGGUCUCCUUUUGCCUUAUUUCAGCCAGGUAUCAUAACGAUCACAUUGGUGUACUUGUAAAGAGUUUGACAUGGAUUUACUAAAAGAUUAAAGUCUUUGCCUGGGUUGUGAAUAUAGCUAGAAUAUAGGUUGUGAAUAUAGCUAAACAGUUUAAAAAAAACAAAACAAAACCCUAAAACACAAAUGCCACAAGCAAUUGUUUGAUUGGGUAAAGCUCUUGUGAGCCACUCAACGUUGCUUACAAGAGUAAGCUCAUUGUCUAUGCCUUAUUGAUUUACUUUAUUUUAAUAUCAUGACUUCAGCAUGGUCCAAUGAGAGUGCCAGUGAAAUGCAGUUGUCAACUUUUCCUGGGGUCAGAUUCACGAUCGGCUUCUAGUGCACAGGAUUGGUGUCAUUUAAAGAUUUUAGUUGUCUGCUUUCUCUCUCUAGUUGUAGUAUAUAGCCUUCUAGUCGAUAUUUAAAUAGAACAUUUACUUUUUUUGGUUGGUUUUUCCUUGGUCUGAAUGGCAGUUCUAUAAAACAUGCAUUCUUCGAAUUACAAGUUUUAUAUGAAAUAAUGGAGCCAUUCUGAACUGAUUAAGUGGUGUUGACAUUUGUAAUGUACAUUUAUUAAAAUAAUUUUUACAAAAAUCA